GACCUUUCGAGUGCGUGAAGAGAAGUGAGACGGAGAAAGUGGUUUACGGAUUUGGCAGGAAUUUGCAAACUAGUCAUUACUAUUAGCGAGCAAGAGGUGUUCAUCACUUUCAAGAGGACAAUGUAAAAUAAUUGUGCUCGUGCGUGAACAUAAAUCACCUUAGCAAUCGACUUCACUUCUUCAUUUCGUGCGAAGAUAGAGAUGCUGCGCCUUGUUACAUAACAAUCUGGCAACGGAUUGAUCUCAACUUCCGAUGGCGCAGAAUCACUAUGACAUCCUCGAACUCAAAAAGGACUGCUCGACGCAGGACAUCCGAUGCGCCUUCAUCAAGCUGUCCAAGCAGCACCACCCGGACACCAGCGGCUCCCCAAAAACCAACCACUUCGUCAAGAUCAACGAGGCCUACAGCAUCCUCAGCAAGCCGGACCUGCGGCGCGAGUACGACGUCCAUCUGCGAAUGAAGGCGGCGCCCGUCUACACCCCAGGGGUCGGCUACCAGGUCUUCAAGGACGACAACAUCUUCCGACCAGGUCAUGGUUUUGACAGGGCAGCCGAUAGGCCUUACUAUGGCAUCAAAGGAUUGAAGAAAAUCAGCAACAAAUGGAUUGUCCUGGCCUGUUUCGUUUUCACAGGUUUAGGAGUCGGACUGCAGGUUUUUGCAAUCAGGAAGUCUUUUGCCUUUUCAAGAGAAACCCUGGAUAGAAAGAGUCUCGAAAGCUAUAAAGCUUAUCAGCAAGUGAGAGAACGAGCGACGUCUGUGAGUAAAGAUGAGCAGCUUGAUAGAAUCAAGCAGGUAAAUUAAUCUCAUUCUUUAAGAGUGGACAUGUAUUAUAAAUUUUAAAAUAGAUUUAAAUAAAUCUGAAAAUUUUAUUUUGUAAAAUAAAUCUAUUUGGAAUGUAAGGCUUCACAAUGUUGUCGAAAUGCAACCUCACAAAUAAAAAUUUCAAAAUGUUUCAAAGGA